CACCCAUGAGUGGCUUCUUCUCACGCCGGGACCCACGGCGGGUGCCGUGGGGGGCGGCAGGCCAUGCCUUGCGUACCCGUGUCCUGCGCACCAAGCCCGUGGAGUCGAUGCUGGAGGGCACGGGGACCGCCACCGCCCAGGGCGCCAGGCUGGCCAAGGUCCUCACCACCCUGGACCUCAUCUCCCUCGGCGUCGGGAGCUGCGUGGGCACCGGCAUGUACGUGGUGUCUGGCCUGGUGGCCAAGGAGAUGGCGGGGCCCGGGGUCAUCGUUUCCUUCAUCAUUGCCGCCGUUGCCUCCAUCUUGUCAGGCGUUUGCUACGCUGAGUUUGGCGUGCGGGUGCCCAAGACCACGGGCUCUGCCUACACCUACAGCUACGUGACGGUGGGGGAGUUUGUGGCAUUCUUCAUCGGCUGGAACCUCAUCCUGGAGUACCUGAUCGGCACGGCCGCGGGCGCCAGCGCCCUCAGCAGCAUGUUCGACUCGCUGGCCAACCACACCAUCAGCCGCUGGAUGAUCAACAGCGUCGGCACGUUGAACGGACUAGGGAAAGGAGAGGAGUCAUACCCUGACCUUCUUGCUCUUGUCAUUGCUGUCAUUGUCACCAUCAUCGUGGCCAUGGGGGUGAAGAACUCGGUGGGGCUGAACAAUGUGCUCAACGUCAUUAACCUGGCAGUCUGGAUCUUCAUCAUGAUUGCUGGUCUCUUCUACGUCAAAAGUGACAACUGGUCUGAAGGGCAAUUCCUGCCAUUUGGAUGGCCAGGGGUGCUCAAAGGGGCCGCGACGUGUUUCUAUGCCUUCAUCGGCUUCGACAUCAUCGCUACCACAGGAGAAGAAGCGAAGAGUCCCAACACCUCCAUCCCCUACGCCAUCACGGCCUCACUUGUCACGUGCUUGACAGCAUACGUGUCCGUGAGCAUCAUCCUCACACUGAUGGUGCCGUACGACGCCAUCGACACCGAGUCCCCACUGAUGGAAAUGUUUGUGGCCCAUGGCUUCUACGCAGCCAAGUUCAUCGUUGCCAUCGGGUCUGUGGCCGGCCUGACCGUCAGCUUGCUGGGCUCCCUCUUCCCAAUGCCGAGAGUCAUUUAUGCCAUGGCUGGUGAUGGGCUGCUCUUCAGAUUUUUGUCCCACAUCAGUUCCUACACGGAGACUCCCAUAGUGGCUUGCAUCGUCUCUGGAUUCCUCGCAGCAUUGCUUUCCUUGCUGGUCAGCCUGCGGGACCUGAUAGAAAUGAUGUCCAUUGGCACGCUGCUCGCCUACACACUGGUCUCCGUCUGUGUCCUGCUCCUCCGAUACCAGCCCGAGAGUGACAUCGAUGGUUUUGUCAAAUUCCUCUCUGAGGAGCACACCAAGAAGAAGGAGGGCAUCCUGGCCGACUGCGAGAAGGAAGCUUGCUCCCCAGGGAGUGAAGGAGAAGAGUUUGCUGGCCCACCGACCAACACAUGUGGGGCGAAAAAUCUGCCAUCGCUGGGGGAUAACGAGAUGCUAAUUGGGAAAUCUGAUAAAUCGACUUACAACGUGAAUCACCCCAAUUAUGGCACGGUUGACAUGACCUCAGGGAUAGAGGCAGAUGAAUCUGAGAACAUCUACCUCAUCAAGCUGAAGAAGUUGAUCGGCCCUCGCUACUACACCAUGCGGAUCCACCUGGGAUUGCCGGGGAAAAUGGACCGUCCCACGGCAGCCACCGGCCACACGGUCACCACCUGCGUGCUCCUGCUCUUUGUCCUGAUGUUCAUCUUCUGCUCCUUCAUCAUUUUUGGGGCAGACUACAUCUACGAGCAGAGCUGGUGGGCUGUUCUCCUCGUCGUGCUGAUGAUCCUGCUCAUCCUUGUGCUGGUGUUUGUGAUCUUGCAGCAGCCAGAAAACCCCAAGAAGCUGCCCUACAUGGCACCUUGUCUGCCCUUCGUCCCUGCCUUUGCUAUGCUGGUGAAUAUCUAUCUCAUGCUGAAGCUCUCCACAGUCACAUGGAUCCGAUUUGCCGUCUGGUGUUUUGUGGGUCUGCUCAUCUACUUUGGCUACGGGAUGUGGAACAGCACGCUGGAGAUCAGUGCCCGCGAGGAGGCCCUCCACCAGAGCACCUACCAGCGCUACGACGUGGACGUCGACCCCUUCUCCGUGGAUGAUGGCUUCUCCUGUGCCACCGAGGGUGAGGGCUACCCGGGCUGGGGUCCCUCCGAGGACAAGGGCUUCUCAUACCAGCAAAUGGCAGGAGCAAAGGAAACCCAUCGGACGAGUAGUAGGUCGAAAAGCAAAGGCAGGCACAAACCGCCAUCGGAGGCUCUCAUUGCCAAUGACGAGUUGGACUACUCGCCUGAGUAG